AUGAUGAGUUAUUAUUAUUAUAAAGACGAUAAAAAUAAUAAUAUAGAAAGAGAAGAGAACUUAAAAUGGAUGAAACAAAAUAAUAAAGAAAUAAAUUUUGAAAAAAUAAAAAAAAUAAGAAAUAAUAAAAAUAAUAAUGGUGGAUUAUCUAUUGUUUCUGCUUUUGUCUCAUAUGUUAAUUCAUCAAAUGUAAAUUCGAAUGUACACAUUACAGAAUCUUUUAUCAAUAAAAAUGAUGAUGUUGAUUCAGAUAGCUUAGUUAAAACAUCACACAUUUUAUCAAAAAAAAGGACAAAUAAUUAUGACAAUGCAAGAAAUAAUAAUGCUUAUAAAAAUAGUUGUGUCUUAAAACAAAAUAAAGGUGGAAAACUUACCUUCAAAACGAAAAACUAUAGUACAUAUAAUAAUAAAAAUGGGCAUGUAAAAAAAAAUAACAACAUUAUUAUUAAAAGUGGUGAUGAUCUUGACCAUGUUCAUAAUAAAAAAAAAUAUGAUCAUAAAAAUUAUGGUGAUAGAUAUGGUGAUAGAUAUGGUGAUAAAUAUGGUGAUAGAUAUGGUGAUAAAUAUGGUGAUAAAUAUGGUGAUAAAUAUGGUGAUAGAUAUGGUGAUAAAUAUGGUCAUAAAAAUUAUGAUGAUAAAAAAUAUGGUGACAAAUAUGGUGAUAAAUAUGAUGAUAAAUAUGGUGAUAAAUAUGGUGAUAAAUAUGGUGAUAAAUGUGGUGAUAAAUGUGGUGAUAAAUGUGGUGAUAAAUAUGAUGAUAAAAAUGAUGAUGAUGAUGAAAAGGGAAGCAAAUCAUGUGGCGAUAAUUUGAGCAAUGAAAAUUAUAUAAAAAUGGAAGAGCUAUUAAAAGAUUAUAAUGAAGCAGCUAAAAAUAAAAAGAACACCGAAUUUGAUAUUAAUGAUUUUAUUAAAAGAUUUGAUCAUAUAAUAGAUGGGUUAUUUAAAGCAAAUAAUAUUAGCAAACAUGAAAUUAAAAAAUCUAUAUUAAAAAAAUAUAAACAACUUUUUGAAAAUAAAAAUGCGAUGAAAUUUUAUAAAGGAAUACAAACUUUAGUACAUGAAAAAAAUAUAAUAAUUCAAUAUAUGGCAUAUUAUAGAAAAUUAAAUAAACAAUAUAUCAAAGAUAUAAAAGAUAUACAAAACUCUUAUGAUGAUUUAAUAACCGAAAUUAACCAAGUUAAUCAAAAUAAUAUAAUGCUAAAAAGACUUGUCAAUGUCUUAAGUAUAGAUCUUGACAAGAAAAAAAUUGAUUUAUCAACAUAA